AACCUCUUGAUUUUAAGCUGGAUUUAAUAGUUUUUUACGGUAUUAAAUUUAUUCUGACAGAUUGAGCUUAAAAAGACGCUUCUAGCUGUGUUUAAUUGUAAAUAGCAGUAUCCAUGGGAGCUCAAGAGUCCAAAUUAGCAUUACAGCGAGGAAUUGAACGUUUAGGGGCCCUCCAGGAUAUUCCUUUAGAGGACGAUAUCUGGUUUAAUUUAUGGAGCGUACCCGACAGUGCUGAGGAAGUCUUUAGGAUCCUUACUCCUGAAUUAAUACGAAAAUUAAGAGACCAGUCUCUGGAAAAUUUGGAGAAGCUCCUUCUUGUAGUCACAUCUAGAUUGUUUGCAAUCCGCAAUGAUCCUCGUUUCCCAGAUAACGAGCAUGCACCUGCAUCUGAACUCUUAAACUGUAUACGAAUUUUAAACCGUAUCCUUCCAUUCGUGUAUGAGGUUCCGGAAAUGGAACAAUGGUACCUUCGGUUUUGGUGGACAAUGCGGAAAAAGUAUUCGGUAGACACCGAACCUGGAGAAGUGGAUCUUUCGGUUAUGAGUACGGAGCAGUUGUCUCUGCAGCAGAAUUUGCAAUCAGCUACUGGAGAAGGAGAUGUUGGGAUGUCCUCAACCAUGCCCUCUGAUAAUUCGAGCCAAAAGUCAUCGUAUUCUGUGGAGAAGCCACUCAUGGAGGAGUUGCUUUCUUCACUAUUUCAGUUGCUUUUUUGUGCUGGUUUCACUCUUCCAUCAUCGUGCGCUGAAAAGUUUACCUAUCGCGUUUGGGAGGAAGGUGUUGGUGUCACAGAAGUUACGGAAAGGGUUCCUAAGGAAUUCUUAAAUAACCGAAUCGAAGUUUUGCGCCUGCUAAUGGUAAUUCUGGCUUAUGAAGCCCAAGCUGGGAAUCAAAGAGCGUAUGCUCUUACUUAUACUGUCGCUGUUGUUAGUAAACAGUUGAUUUUGGUGUUUUUGUGUUCAUUAAUUACUGUGGGUCUUCGUUAUACCCCAACUGGUUGGAAGGCUUCGUAUAAUGGGAUUUUGAUUCCCAGUGAUCCCAAUGUGGUUCUCUCUACAUUGUCGAAACAGCUUCUUUUAAUUUUGCUCGACUUCCAGCCGUCCCCUGAGGAUAUAUCUUUCUUUUCGGAAAGACCAGAUACAACUACAAAGCUGUAUGUGAACCAGUACCAGCUCUACUUUUCAAAGCUUCACAGAAAAAGUGACUUUAAUUUCAUCUUGACUGAGCUAAGACGUCUCUUCACCUUCCCCUCGCGUUUCGCUCCCUCUCUGUUGUUGCCAAUCAACAAAUUCGCAUCCUGUUUUCCGGAGACUAUUUUCUUUUUUUGGCAGGCGGUAAACAUUAACAAGCGGCUUUGUGCGUAUUUGAUGGCAUCGCCUUAUUCUUUGGAUAUUUUUACUUUUGUUCAGUAUUACGCACUGAGAUUCCGUAAUGACCCAAGCAACGCUGGACUAGUUCGUGUUUGUGCAUUCAUUGUACACAACAUGUCUUGUGAAAAAAGGUUGUGCGUAAAGUUAAAUACACCUUUCCCGAAUGGACAAAUGCUCCUUUCAUCUCUGCGCUUGAAUGUAUCUCAGUCUAUAACUCACGCUGAGUUUUUAAUUCUCUCUAUUUAUCAUCUCAUUGCAAUCAAGGGAUCUCCGUUCCAUAACAUUGUUCCCCUUCUUUUGUUAACAUUUUGCAACAUCGCUCCCUAUGUGGAAAAUCUUAACUUUAACACUUGCGUUAAAAUCAUGCAUUUAGUUUCCACGUUCUCUUCCCCUAAAUUCUUACUUCGACAUCCUUCAAACCAUCUUUUUCUUGAGUACCUAUUAAAUGCCAUUUCUUCUAUAGUGGAGAAUCACCCAAAAACAAACCCGCAUUUGCUUUACUCUAUUUUGCGACUCCAGGACAGGUUUUUUGCAAUUAAAAACCUCGAGAACACACAUUUUCAGAACAAUAACCUCGAAAAGGGCGUCAAUGUUUUAGACUCACCCGAGGAUACUUACUUUCCUUCAAUUGAAAAAUCAAAACCCGACUCUGUGACAGUUGAUGUUUCACCAAGCUUUCACAAUGAUAGUGAUGGCUCCGAUGUUGCGGACGCAGACCUUGCCCCAUCUCCGCUGACUUCCUCCCCCUCUUCCUCAGCGAAUUUCCCUUCCAUUUACUCUCAAAAAGAUGCCUUUUUAAUUAAUCCGCGUGUCGUUUCUUUAAGGGCGUAUAGAAAAACGCCUGAAUUGCUUUCGGCAGCUGAGGCUAGUGAUCGAGCGAGCAAGAAUCCAUACGAGAAUGAUGCGCAAGUACUUGUGAAUGGAACAUUUAAACCUUCUCAGACUUGGUUGAAUGACUGGUUUCCGAAUUUGCAGCUGGAUACAAUCUUGAGUAUAAUACAUCAAUUCUCAAAGAUUGUGUUUGAUCUUUUACAAGACGGUAACCAUGAAGUGGAUGAUAUCAUCCAAUUUUUGGCACAAUCGGAUUCCCUUGGCGAACAUCCCCACGUACCGGAUCCGAAUUAUUUCAAAUGGAAUGAACACUUAACCCAUUGGUUUCAAGGACUUGUUGGGUUAUACAUCUUCUUAUCGGAUGAUCGUGCUGGGUUGGGAUCUCCUUCAUUGUGGAGAGACAGUCAAAUACCCAAGGAAAUUGCAGUAUCUGCUAAUGGAUUUCUAAGUCAAAAGGGAAAUCGGGAACGUCUGGAAGAUGCGACAAAAUCCGUUCUUGCAAAACUCGAUCAGUUUCACAUUCGUCUUCCGACGAAUGGUAUCUUUAGACCGGAAUAAACCAAAAGAAAAUCCGCCUAAUAUUUUGUUCCAAAACUAAAAAACAUUCUCUUGUUUUAACACAACAAGAGACGCUUUUCUCCUUUUAAGGAAAACACUACUGUUAUUACGAAGUCUUCAAUUAGUUAUACUCUGUAUUUGUUUGAAUUUUGACUUCAAUUAUUUUGUACGAAAAACACACAUUGUUAUUACUGUGCGAUUGGUGCGAGUUGAAUUUGUCAAAUGUAAUUAAGGCGCCGACAGCCGAAAUAAAAAGUAGAAAAUGACUUU